AAUAAUAAUAAUAAUAAUAAUUUCUACAAAAAUGUCUUACGUAACAUGAUUACACAUAAAUAUAUAAAUAAUCACAGGAAUCCUUUGAAACAAUAAUAAUCGAUGAAAUAAACUAAGAUAGAAAAUAUGAGGAGACAUAAAUCCCAAUAAUCCAGCAGCCAUCAUUUGACGUCGUGCUAGACACCAGAAUACUGUGCUUCGGUUUGGUGGGAGUUGCAAUGUAUAUAGAAGAAGACCGGAUAUACCAGAGGAUAAGAGAGAAAAAGAGAGAGCAAAAGAGAGAGAGAGAGAAAGAGGGAAAGAGGGAGCUAUGGUUGAUCAGAAGAGUUUGUGGAAGGGGAAAGAUAGCAAGCUUCGUGCAUCUCUGACGAAGGGUAGACUUUCAGUACGAUAUCCGAUCUUGUUCGGAUGUGUUUAUAUACUAGUGGUAAUAAUUAUUUUUUUAAUCGUUUUUGUUAUCCGCAGUUAUUUUUUUCCUAUUUCUUACUCUCUCUCUCUCUGCCUUUCAUUCUCUCUAUCAUUUCAUUAUUUUUUCGUUGAUCACUUUUAUCGCGUGUAACUAAGGAGACACGGAGUGAGAUAAAGAAUAGUGUUUCUUUUUCAUUUUAUUUUAUUUCUUUUUUUUUUUGCUUCUUAAUUGCAUCCAAUAACAUGGAAGUUGAUAUAUAUUUCUUUCAACUAAAUAGGACACAGUGCAGUUGAAUAAAUAUUUGGUGACAAGUAUUGUGUGUCGUUUAUCUUUUCUGCAAUGUACAAGAUCUUCAACUGAAGUGAAAAAAGAGAGAAGCAGUGGUCGACGACGGUCAAGGGGAAGAGAAAAGGAGAAGUUGCGACAACAGUGCCAACAACCAACCGUAGUAUACCCAGUUGUGGGUCUCUGACCCACGAUGACGAUAUAUAUAUCUACUACCUGGUUGAGAACAUAAUGCUGAGACUUUCACUAUCCUCGAAUGACUGACAUACAUUUUACUUUUUAUUAUUAUUGUUAUUAUUAUUAUUGUUAUUAUUAUUAGUUUGUUUGUUUGUUCGUUUGUUCGUUCGUUCGUUCGUUCGUUCGUUCGUGCUACGUUUUUUUUUCAUGCAAGUGGUGGAUUAUUGAAAAAAGAAAAGGAGAAAAACGAGAGAAGAAGAAAGAAUUUAUUGACGAGUUUGGGAUAUGAUUCAUUCGAAAUGUUUUCACUAUAAAACGCAGUAGCCAUACGCGAAAAUUGUUUUUCUUUCUUUUUAUUUUUUCUUUCUUUUUAUUUUUUCUUUUUUCACACAAAUUUUUCUUUUCUCCCUCUCGAACGAUGAAACAUCGAAUGGCAGUCGAAAGAUACAAUGGAAAGAUCGAGAUAGAAAAAUCUAAAUAUAAUCUUUCUUUCUUCUGGUGAAUUCGAUACGCAUGUUCUAAACCGGAAAUGUACGGUAUCGCGAAACUGGUAACAGUGAGUCACGUUUCACGUUUAAUCAGAGAACAUAGGAUAAUUUUUACACGAGAAUUUAUUACUUUCCAUCUCGAUUGUCUGUGAUUAUUAUCGAGUCGUGAAAAAAGGGGGGUAGUGGAAGGAGGAAAGGGGUGGACAGACGAUCCUUCCCUGUAUACAAAUCCGUCAAUUACGCUGAUUCAACCUUCAACUUCUGCGAAUCCUCCAAUUGCUCUUUUUAUUAGCCUGACAAUAUCGAUACCACACGUGGAAAGUAAUAAUGAUAAAGGGAGAUAUGUAAAGAGAUUACGGAUGUGAGAUAGACGGAGAGAGAGCUUUUCUUUUUUUUUUUUUUUGAUGGGGAGGAUGGGAGGUGGUGUAGUUUAUUGAAAAAAAAAAAGAAAGAAAAAACAUUAAUGAAAGAUAAAGAUGGAAGCAAAACCGAUACCAAAGCCAAGGUCAAUAAUGGCCGAACGUCCAGUACCGGCGCCAAGAAAAAUACCACCUGUUUUAUCGCCAGCAACAUCAUCAUCAUCGCCACGUAGCAAAAGUCCAAGCAGCGAAUCGAGUCAAUCGAGUCAGAAAAGUGACGAAACCAAAUCGAGCAGUACCGAGCAAUCGAGAAAUUCGAACGAAUUUUUUCGUCAAUUGAGUACUAGUUCGCGUCAAUUGAAGGAUGAAAUAUCUGAGAAGAUGACGCUGAAGGGACGAGCGGUUAUAUCGAGUACUAGGAACGUUAGCAUACGUCUUGAAAAAUCGAUGAAGAAUCUUUUAACACGGAGAUUGACGUCCCUCAAUCAAGAAGACAUGUUGCAUGAUUCUAAUCUCGGCAAUACGAAAAAAAUCGGCGAUGAUAAUACGAUUGAAGACGAAAGAUGCGUUUCGAUGCCUGCCGAUGAUAUAUUUAGCAGUAUUACCUUUCACAGUCCGUUCAGUAGUAAUCUAAGAAGUAUCAGAAACGAGGAAGAUCUAUCCGGGUUACGAUAUAGUCCACCACCACCAGUAUAUCCGCCACCCCCGCUUCCUGUAGAAUCUAUCAACGACGAAUUAAAUUCAUUUACGUCGAGCAGCAGCGGCCAUUAUGAUACUCUUAGUUCUACCAUCUCUGAAAAAGUACAAAGAGAUUUUCCUGAAUCGAGUUUCAACGUCUUCAAUUUUGUUCAACAUCAGGCCAGCGAUUCGGAUCAGAGUUUAAAUUUGUCUGACAUCAACGUAAGUUUAACCAGUGACAACAAGUCCGACGUUGACAGGAGAUUGUCGAGAUCAGAUUCUUGGACAUUUUAUGACACUACCCCGCCUACAAAUAAAUCCGAAAUUGUUAAUGAACUCGAUAGGAUAUCCAGUACCGAGGAGGAAACUUUGGAACAGGCGGUGAACGUCAAUAGAAAUUUUACAUCGUUUAAUGCCAGUUUGAUCUCCUUACAGAAUUCUAUUUAUGAGAAUUGUAUUUCGUCAAAGGGUGGUAAAGAUGAAAAAUUGUUUGAAUCUAUGUUAUCGGAUGUAAAAAAAGAGAGCAGUAGUAGUAAAUCUUUGUUAUUCGAAUUCGAUCCAUUCGCCAAGACUUCUGAAGAAAACGUUUAUAGUAAUUACGAGAGUAACGAUUUGAUGUUGUUGGAAGCACUUUUAGCGACGAAUGACUCGUCCAGUAAUCCUGGAAGUACCGUAGAUCUGCACGAAGAUAACGAAAACGAAGAGCCGACGGAAUUGGAAGAAAAAAAAGUCGAGGACUCUUUGAUACCUCCUGAACCACCUAAGAGAUUCGAUUCUUUACCUAAGAACGAGUACGACGAAGUCGAAGUUGGUAAGAAUCCAGCACUUUUACCAAAACUGGCACAAAUGGCAAGAAGAAAGCAACCGGCUGUACCACCUAGAAAAUCUACCACUAAAAUCACUUCUGAUUUUUCAUCGGCAAGCAUUCAAUCAACAACCAUAGAAUCUAAAAUGACUAUAGGGAAAUUUGUUGACGAUGCCACAUCAAAUCCUCUUCCAAUGGUUAAAACGACAAACGAUGAUUCGAAGAAAGUCAGCGUCAUUCAAAAGCUAAAGAAACUAAGUCAAGAUUCCACUGCUAACGUGAUCAAACCAAAUGUUAUAAAUUUUGUUAGAAGUGGUAGUAAAUUGUUAUCCAGAAAUCGUGAUCAUGAUGGAUCUGGUGAUCAUAAUUCGAAGCAAAUGAAAAUGGAUAGACCCAAGUGUAAAAUUUCACAAUGCAAUACUACGCACAGAGGUAUAGUUUAUAAAACUGGAGUUGGUAUAGAAAGAGCUAGAGAUUUGGUUCAAAGAGCUGCCGUUUUGACGGGUCCAAAAUUGUGUUUUUAUAAUGACAAGAGUAUGUCUACGCUAAAGGAAACUAUUCAUCUUGAAAAUGUUUAUAGUAUUCAUCUUUUGCAAGAUAUUAAAGUAGUUGAUGGUGAAACAGUACAUUGUAUAGCAAUCAGUAGCGAAUCUAAACCCCAUGUAUAUAUCUUCUACGCAAAGGGUAUAGCGGAGAGAAGAAGUUGGGCUCAAAAAAUUUUAGAAGCAAUGACGUCAGUUUUUCCUAUAAAAUACACAUCUGAUCUUACCAGAGCUGGUUGGGUUUACUUAAAGGAAGGUAUAACAGGUACGUGGUUCCCAGCUUGGGUUCUUCUUCAAAAGAGAACAUUGGUUUAUACAAAUUCAUCGGAGCCUGCAGUACUGGAAUAUUUAGAUUUACGAAAGGCACGUUAUAUAGUAUUGCGAGAACAAGAAGGACCAAAUUCAGACAAUGUACCUAUAGUAGUCGUUGAUGCUGGUGGUUCUGGUGCAUUGCAUAUAGCAGCACCAGGUUCAAAAGAAGCUUCUGCAUGGAGACAUGCUUUGUAUCAAGCCGCUACUAGCUGUGGUCCAGCGUUACAUCAACAACAAAUCACUCAAGACAAUGUUCCUGUAAUUCUCGACAAAUGCAUCAAUUUUAUCUCCACGCAUGGUAUAAUGUCGGAAGGGAUUUAUCGUCGCAGUGGAUCUAGCAGUGCUGUCAUUAAAUUACUGGAAGCUUUUAGAAGAGAUGCAUGGGCCAUACAAAUUACUCGAGGAUCUUAUACUGAACAUGACGUUGCUACGGUUCUUCGAAGAUUUCUUCGGGAUUUACCAGAAUCUUUAUUUCCUGCUAGUAUACAUAAUCUGCUUUGUCGAAGCUCAGAACUCAGCAACGAAAAUGAAAGAAUACAAAUUUAUAGAAAUUUAUUGACGACACUGGAUCCUAUAACUUCAGCAACUAUACGUAGAAUUCUUGCUCAUCUUCAUUAUCUCAGUCAACAAAGUUCAAGAAACUUAAUGACUGUUGAGAAUCUCUCGGCAGUUUGGGGACCUACUUUAAUGCAUGCAGGAGAAAAUAGUGCUGAAGAUUGGAACAGAGAGGAAACAAAAGUAAUUGGUGACCUGAUACAUCUAUUUCCAAAAUUAUAUCAAUUGUCACAUGCCGAUCUGGCUAAGGAAGCUAAGAUCUUAGAAGUUCUUGAGAAACAUCAUGUUUCAAAUAAUGGACUGCGUGGUGCACCAUCAGGCGAUUUAAAAAUAUGGAUAUAUCUCCUUUCCAAAGAAGGAAAAUGUGUUAAUGUAGCUAUCGGAGCACAAAAGACAGCUUUUGACGUAUGUCGUGAAUUAUCAGAAAAAGCUAAUCUACCUGCUCAUGAAUUAUGCCUAGAAGAAUAUGCACUUUCAGGUGCUUUAAAAAGACCACUUCAUCAUAACGAACGUGUUUUAGAAACAGUAGCGAGAUGGGGUUAUUGGGAUCCAGAUGAUAGAAAAGAUAACAUCCUAAUCUUGAAGAAAGAUAGAUUAUACAAGGAUAUUGUACCUCUGAUCAAGCCACCCAUGACAAUAUCAGGAGAAUUGAAAUUUGCGGAUGUUAAAUCAAAAAAUUUUAAGAAUUAUCUUUUUGAAUUUAGUCAGGCUAAGUUAUAUUGUUACAAAGAUAAAGUUUGUUCUACUAAAUUACAUGAAUGGAAAAUUGAAGAUAUUAUUUGGUAUUUGGGACAUGAAACCAAACGUAAUCCACAAAUGGGCUGGACUAUUACAUUUAUAUUAAGAAAUAAAAAACCAACAAGAUGCAAGGAAAAUCCAUUCUUUGGUAAUAUUAUAGCUGGUACAUCUAAAAAUGAACAAUACAAAUGGUUGGCUGCUAUGCUUUUUGGAGAAUUUCAAACGAACCUUCGUCCAUCUGCUAUAAAUUUAAUGGACAUGUAACAUGUAAAUUAAUGUUUGUAAAUUACAGGGUUUAUAGAAUAGUAUCUACUGCCAUUAAAAAUGUUUGAAUGAGAGCUUAGACUUUUAUAAUAAAAAUUAUAUUAUAAAUAUGAUGUUAUAUACAUGAGAAUACAUAUUGAUAUAUGACACGUUACUUUGUAAUAUUUCAGAACACAGAGUAUUUACUAAUUAAGCAUUCCUUAAAUAUCUUAGAGACUUUAUGCAUCAAAUCUGUACAAAUUCAAAAUAUACUUUUAUACUCGUACGUGUAACAGACAAAUACAAUAGAAUUGUGAUAUAAAAUGAAAUGAAUUAAAUAAUAAAUGUACUUUAUAAUUA